CCCGAUGCAAAUCUUCCGAGUCCCAAACAAAAGACUGCAGGCGCGACCUCUCUAUGAUCAUGCACAUAUAUUGCUAGCUUCCAAAAUUCGAAGGCCUAUAAAUCAACCCACAAAAAGGAGUCUCAAUUAAACUCCUAGGGGGGGAAAAACGUUCAAACAAAAAGGAAAAAUGAGUGGUUUCCAUCAAUUCCACGAAGCAUGGCAUGAACAACUUCGUGAAAUUGCCCAACAACUAAAGAAAUCCCCAAGACCUGCAACUAACCAAGAACAACACGAAUUGCACACACAGCUAAUCCAAAAAUUCACUUCCCAUUACUACGAAUAUUACCGUGUCAAGUCCAUGGCAGCCAAAAAUGACAUACUCCAUAUAUUCACUGCACCAUGGUCAAAUUCUCUAGAGAGAUCUUUAUAUUGGAUUGCUGGUUGGCGACCCACUACUGCUUUCCACAUUUUUUACACUGAAUCCAGCAUCCUUUUUGAGUCUCAAAUCGUUGAUAUCCUUCGUGGGUUCCGUAACGGCGACCUUGUGGAUCUUUCACCUAAUCAGCUUAGUCGGUUCAGUGAGUUUCAGUACGAAACCGUCCAGCAAGAAAAUGCUAUCACUGAACAACUCUCAGAUUGGCAGGAUAGUGCAAAUGAUAUGAUUGGAACCAUGGGAGACGUUGAUAGGAAGAUGGAAAGGCUGGUGGAGAUAUUAGAGAAAGCAGAUCAACUGAGGAUGAAGACCAUUGAGAACUUGCUGCAGCUUUUAACGGCACAACAAGCGGUGGAGUUCCUAAUUGCAGCGGCGCACUUGCUCUUUGGAAUCCGUGGUUGGGGAGUCAAUCACGACCGUCAACGAGCAAAAGGAUGAGUUUUGAUUUGUAGUUUGGUUUUUUCGUUUGUUUCUCUUUCGGUCCGUUUUGGACUCCGAUUAAUCCAGAUCUAGCGGUGGGUAUUCGGGCAGUUCGGAUUGGAUAUGAAAAUUUCGGUUUGAAUUUU